AUGACGAUCUGCAACUGUCUUGUCAGAAACAGCCGAUGCUCUCAGUUGGCGUGGACAGUGUCGCGAAAGUACUGGUUCUCCCUCCUCUUCCUUUCCGUCGUUGUCGCCAAACUCAUCCAUCUCUAUUCGCACCGAAAGUCUCUCUCUUGGCCGCAGUUUCUAGCCUGGGGUCCCACGUUUUUUCUGCAGGAUCUAAUCUGUAUUGCACUAUUUUGGGCCUUGACCCGCCAGUACGAGCGGAAAUGGGUCAGAGUAGCUGCGGUCUUAACGGUCUGUCCCUGCGUACUGGGGCUGUCCUGCAUGGCCGCGGCAAACAUGUCAUUUUAUAUCACUACCGGAGCUGAGAUUCACUGGCGCCAGGCACACUCCUUCCACCGCGAUUUCGCCUCAGUGAAAACCCUACUGAGUGGGUUGGCUGGAAUGGUUGUCAUCGAGAUCCUCAUGCUUGUUGCAUCCUGGUUCACCACUUCGUUGUUGUACGAGCUCACCAACAGUGUGAUGCAGACCCUAGGGUCCUCUGCGACAUCACUAUUCUGUCGAUGCGGGAAGAAGCGCACCGUCGAGAAGCAAGAGGUCUACGAGCCCGUGGCGUACGAUGACUUCGACGAUUCAGACACGUCUGGGUUCUUGAAUUCCCCCGAACAAACCAGCCGGGACGCUUGCGUAUCCUUGAUCAAGCGCUGCUGUGUUCUCGUACCUAUAUCUUUGAUCGGGUUGCUGCAGGUGAUUCGCCCCGCAGACCCGGCCUACCCAUUCCUCUCGGAGACGUUGCCCUUGACGCCGUUCGUAACCCCCAAGACCGACAACCGCAACCCUUUGCUCGAGGCGCCUCACGCACUUGGGGAGUUCAACUGGCUGGGUAAUGGCACUGCUUUGGCUACGCCACCGAAAUUUGAAUGGCUGCCGGCGGCUGAAUUGCCAGGGUUCAGGGACUGGUAUUCCGAUUCUCACAGCAACAAAACCUCUGUUCAUUAUGAUCCAUCGCACGAUCCCCUGCACAUCUCAAACCUUGGGGGGGACCUCAUUCAACCUCUGCGCAAGGCUCUUCACGCAGGCAACGUCAGUAUUAAACACGUUCUUCUCCUCAAACUAGAAAGUACCCGAUACGAUGUCUUCCCGGUGCGCAAUCAGUCGUAUAUUCACGAGCGGAUUCGCCAAUCUUACAGUGGCCAUAUCCCCCGUCAGGUAGAAAACCGGUUGGCCAACUUAACGCCCACGGCAGAGCGACUGACUGGCACCCCCUCCGGCUUCCAUCAGGGCACGGUUCAGCCGUAUGGGGGCAUCCACGCCACAAACUCUUACACGUCGGGCACUUUUACUCUCAAGAGUAUAACGGGAUCAGUCUGCGGCCUCUCCCCGCUUGUGGUGGACUUUAACCACGAGUAUGAGCAUCAUAUCUACCAGCCCUGUAUCCCUCAUAUCCUGAGGGCACUGAAUACCCAACUGGAGAGCCUGAACAAAACCGACGACUUCACCUCAUGGCCGUGGAAGACCCUUUUUAUGCAGUCAAUCACGGACCUGUAUGACAACCAGAACCUUCUCACGCCUCAAUUGGGAUUCCAGGAAGUUAUCAACGUGGAUAACCUCGUCAAGGAUUUUGCCGCAAAUCCGGCCGCGCACGAAGAACAGCUUAACUUUUGGGGAUAUCCGGACGACGAAUUGCGCAGCUACGUUCGAAAUGCCAUCACCAAAGCCGAAGAGCAGCAAGAGCGGCUGUUUAUCACCCAUCUGACUGGCGGCACCCAUUACCCAUGGGAUACCCCGCAUCACGAAUACAAGGACAUGGUGGGCUCUAGAUGGCUUCCGUUUAACAGAAAAUUCAACCGCUACUUGAACACCAUCGGGCUGGCAGACAAAUGGCUUGGAGAGAUUCUAGAUAUCCUCGAGGAAACAGGGGUCGCGAACGAGACGCUUGUUGUCAUGACUGGUGACCAUGGCAUUACACUCCCUGAGGACGGGGGUGUAACUCCCUAUGAUAAUCCCCAUGUGUCGAAUUUCCACGUUCCGUUGGUCUUCGCGCAUCCACAGCUGCCUUCCAUCGAAAUAGACGGCCCCGUUACCUCUAUCCAAAUCCUGCCCACGAUCUUGGACCUGCUUAAGGAAUCUGCCUCGCUCAACGACCCAAGCAAGCAUAUCGUCAGCGAUUUACUCCCUUUGUACGAAGGACAAUCGAUGAUUCGGCCUCUCAUCGCGGAGAGGAAUGGAACGAAAAACUGGCAGUUCGGAGUAAUGAACACGGGCGGCAGCUGGCUCGCAGUGAGAUCUGCCACCACUUCCUAUCGCCUCGUUAUUCCUUUGAUCCCGGACGUCGAGUGGCGCUUCUCCAACGUUCACACCGACCCACGCGAAGCCAACUACCUCAUGUCAUUUGACCUCUCCAGCCUGAUCGGCCAGACUCGUGCGCGCGAUGGGGACGAAGCCGCACAAUGGAUUCAAGAGGCAGCCUCCGCCGCAAGAUGGUGGUUGCUGGACAAUUGGCGCCGAUAUGAGUAUACCCCGCAAUAA